GACGCGACAAACACUCGCUCUCACGCAGCACGCUAGCAUGGAGCUGGAGUUCAGCAGUCCGGUUCUGAGGGAGUUCGGCAGCGAGCAGAGUUUAUUAUCCAAACCUGACGGCUCAGCCACGUUUAUGCAAGGAGACACCAGUGUGUUGGCAGGAGUGUACGGACCAGCUGAGGUUAAAGUCAACAAGGAGAUCUAUGACCGAGCGACUCUGGAGGUUCUGAUCCAGCCCAAAGCCGGCAUGCCCAGUGUCCGGGAGCGCACGAGGGAGCAGUGUGUGCGGGAGACGUGUGAGGCUGCUCUGCUCUCCACUCUUCAUCCCCGCUCUUCCCUGACGCUCGUGCUGCAAGUGGUGCACGAUGAUGGCUCGUUGUUAGCGUGCUGUUUGAACGCUGCAUGCAUGGCGCUGAUGGACGCCGGGCUGCCCAUGAGCCAACUAUUCUGCGGAGUCACCUGUGCCAUUGAUGCCGAGAGCCGAAUUAUCACUGACCCCACGGCUCAGCAGGAAAAGGAAAGCCGAGCACUAAUGACUUUUGCAAUCGACAGUAAAGAACACAAUGUCAUGAUGUCAUCAACAAAAGGUUCUUUCUCAGUGAAAGAGAUGCAGCAGUGUAUAGCGGUCAGCCAGAAGGCGUCUGAACGAAUCUUCCAGUUUUAUAGGGAUUCCGUGAAGCGACGAUAUUCCAAAAUAUUAUGAGACCGUUUUAUCCCUUGUAUUUUUUCCUUUUCUAUAUUAAAUGUUUUUCUUUGA